CUGCGCGGCUGCGGUGGGAUCCGAGUCCUCGACGGUGAACCGGGUCCACGGGGGGGAGAGGAGGAGGAGGAGGAGGAGGGGGGCGGAUCUCCGCCGCGACGACGAGGAGGGCGGCGCGGAGGCGGCGCCGCUCGGCGUGAGGGACUACAUCGAGCGGUCCAGGGACCUCGUCCGCCCCGACGACGCGCCCCCGCGCUGGUUCUCCCCGCUCGAGUGCGGCGCCCGCAUGAACGGCUCGCCGCUGCUCCUCUUCUUACCCGAUGGAAAACAAUAUUACUUUCGCAGUCGAGAGUGAAAGAAACGGAAGAAACAGUGUUGAAUAAAAACAAUUAUUUCACGAUUCUAAGAUGCUCUAAUUCUAUAAGGUCCACAUUUGCGGUUUAAGUACACUCCUGGGCUAUUUCCACAUAACGGAUUAGGGAUUGAUGGAGUUGGGGUUGGUCUAAUCCGGCAUCAUGAGAGAUUGGGGAAGAUUUUUGAUAUUUGGUGCCUCCAUAUACCAGUAAUGGAUCGGACACCAUUUGAAGAUCUAAUUGAAUAUGUGGAGAGAACAGUGAAAUCAGAAAAAUUGAAGUCACCAGAAAAGCCAAUUUAUCUCGUUGGUGAAUCUAUCGGUGCAUGUCUUGCUCUUGCUGUGGCAGCACGCAACCCGGAAAUUGACUUGAUACUCAUCUUAGCUAAUCCAGCGACUUCCUUCCCAAAUUCUCAAUUGCAAUCUCUCUCAGCUUUCUUAGAUGCCGUGCCGGAACCACUCCAUGUAACCAUUCCAUAUUUCUUUAGUCUUCUUGGAGGUAAUUCCAUGAGGAUGACAUCAUCUUAUGUAGGAGGCGAUCUCUCACUUGAAGAAGCUAUCAGAACAUUUUCAGAGAGCCUUAAUGAUGCGCUCCCUUUCCUUUCGUUUUUGGUUGAGGUUUUACCAAAAGAAUCUCUUCUCUGGAAGUUAAGGAUGUUAAGAUUGGCAUCAUCUUUUGUCAAUUCGCGUCUACAUGCAGUGAAAGCUGAAACAUUGAUACUUGCCAGUGGGCGCGACGAAUUGCUACCUAGCCGAGAAGAAGCUGAAAGGCUUUCUGGUACAUUGCCAAAUUGCAGAAUCCGUCAUUUCAAGGAUAAUGGUCAUACAAUUUUCUUGGAAGGUGGGAUUGAUUUGGUGACAAUUAUAAAGGGAGCUGGUUAUUAUCGCCGAUCAAGGCAGAUAAAUUAUGUAUCAGACUAUCUAUUGCCAACUCCUAACGAACUCCAGAAGGUUAUAGAAGAGUAUAGGUUGAUCAAUUUUGCCUCCAGCCCUGUGAUGCUUUCGACUUUAGAAGACGGGAAAAUAGUCAAAGGCCUAGAAGGUAUUCCUAACAAAGGGCCCACUAUUCUUGUUGGAUACCACAUGUUAUUGGGCCUAGAGCUCGGCCCCUUAGCUACUACCUUCUUGAACGAGAGAGGGAUCCUUCUUCGAGGCAUCGCUCAUCCUUUUAUGUUCAAUAGGACUUCAGAGAAGCUUAUGCCCGAUUCAGCUUCGUUUGAUCGAUAUAGAAUUAUGGGUGCUGUUCCUGUCUCAGCCACCAAUCUCUAUAGGCUGCUUUCCCAAAAGUGCUUUGUUCUGCUGUAUCCAGGAGGCGCGCGAGAAGCUCUUCACAGAAAGGGUGAGCAAUAUAAAUUAUUUUGGCCCAAGCAAUCCGAGUUUGUCAGAAUGGCAUCGAGUUUUGGAGCCACAAUAAUUCCGUUUGGUGUCAUUGGAGAAGAUGAUAUAUGUGAACUGCUGUUAGAUUAUGAUGAUCUUGUCAAAGUUCCCUUUUAUGACAUCCUAGACAAGAGGAUAAAUGAAGCAGCUGUAAGGGUGAGGGCUGAUUUUAAUGGGGAGGUUGGUAAUCAAGAUCUUUACGCUCCUGGGCUGUUGCCGAAGAUCCCGGGCCGAUUUUAUUUCCUGUUCGGCAAGCCAAUCGAAACAAGAGGGAGAAAACAGGAGCUGAGAGAUAAAGCGAAAGCUCAGGAGCUGUAUAUGGAUGUGAAGUGUGAGGUGGAGAGGUGUCUUGCUUACCUUCAGGAGAAGAGAGAGAAAGACCCCUACAGGAACAUAUUCCCAAGGACUCUUUUUCAGCUCAUUAAUGGGUUCAAUGUAGAAGUACCCACAUUUGACCUCUAAUCACAUGCCUUCUUUGAUUUGCAAUUAUUUGGUAAUGUUCAUCCUGAUUCAUUAUUUGUACAUUGCUUCAUAAACAUCAUUGUUAUGUUCUUUUUCACAAAUCCAAUGUAUGAUGAUAAUUGAUUCAUGUUUGUGACUGUGCUGGACAUCCAGAAGUUUGGUGAAACUUGUAGAUUCGGUGCACAAAAUGGUAUGCGAUUAAUUUAUUUGAAGAUCA